AUUGAAAAGGGCAAAAAGUAAAAGCUGUAUUGGGCAGCAAGAAAGAGAAGUUUUGGAGUAGUCCCCGGUUUUGAACUGCCCACUGUGUCACACUUUACAGGUGGCGUGUUCCACGCAGCCCCAAAGAAGCCAACAAUAUUCUCUGCAAAAAAAAAAAAAAAAACAAUUCACACUUUUUAUCAAAGAGGGUGUGCUGAUAAAUUCCUCAACGUCACACUUGCAUCACAUCUUCUCUGUAAAUCCAAGAAAUCUGUUUCAUCAUUUUGCAAUGGCAGAUUCAGUUUUUGCCCAUAUUGUUCGUGCUCCUGAAGAUCCCAUCUUAGGGGUAACAGUCGCUUACAACAAAGAUAGCAGCCCAGUGAAAGUGAAUUUGGGUGUUGGCGCAUACCGAACUGAGGAAGGAAAGCCCCUUGUUCUUAAUGUGGUGAGACGAGCUGAACAAAUGCUUGUCAAUGACACGUCUCGGGUGAAGGAGUAUCUCUCAAUUACUGGACUAGCGGAUUUUAACAAACUGAGUGCCAAGCUUAUAUUUGGUGCUGACAGCCCUGCCAUUCAAGAUAAUAGGGUGACCACUGUUCAGUGCUUGUCAGGCACAGGUUCUUUGAGGGUUGGGGCUGAGUUUCUGGCUAAGCAUUAUCAUGAACGUACUAUAUAUAUACCACAGCCAACAUGGGGAAACCAUCCGAAGGUUUUCACUUUAGCUGGGCUUUCAGUAAAAUAUUAUCGUUACUAUGACCCAGCAACACGAGGCCUGGAUUUUCAAGGGUUAUUGGAUGAUCUUGCUGCUGCACCCGCUGGGGCAAUAGUUCUUCUCCACGCAUGUGCUCAUAACCCAACUGGCGUUGAUCCAACAGUUGACCAGUGGGAGAAAAUCAGGCAGUUGAUGAGGUCCAAGGGGUUGUUACCUUUCUUUGACAGUGCUUAUCAGGGUUUUGCCAGUGGCAACCUAGAUGCAGAUGCACAAUCUGUUCGCAUGUUUGUGGCUGAUGGUGGUGAAUGUCUUGCAGCUCAGAGUUAUGCCAAGAACAUGGGACUGUAUGGAGAGCGUGUUGGUGCCCUUAGCAUUGUUUGCAAAGAUGCAGAUGUUGCAAGCAGAGUCGAAAGCCAGCUAAAGCUGGUUAUCAGGCCAAUGUACUCAAAUCCACCAAUUCAUGGUGCGUCUAUUGUUGCUACUAUACUCAAGGACAGACAAAUGUACGACGAAUGGACAGUUGAGCUGAAAGCAAUGGCCGACCGAAUUAUUAGCAUGCGCCAACAGCUCUUUGAUGCCAUGAAAGCUCGAGGUACACCAGGUGAUUGGAGUCAUAUCAUCAAGCAAAUUGGAAUGUUUACUUUCACGGGAUUGAAUGCUGAGCAAGUCGCGUUCAUGACUAGAGAGUAUCACAUUUACAUGACAUCUGAUGGUAAGGGGAAAUUUCAGACUGAAAGUUUUAGUUUGGAAUAGAAGCAUCAGAAAGUUCAGUUCUGUCAUCCAAUCAGUACUUUAAACUUUACAGAAGAGAAUGCAGCUCUGUUUUUCUUCCCCUCCCUCCAAAUUACACACCGAUUCUCGAAAAGAGUUGCUUUCAAUCAGUGGCAUGUUUAUUACUCUGGUAUCUCAGUUGUGGAACAUUUUUGUUGAAGUUAGGUUUUUGGUUAUAAAAGAUCCUCAUUACUAGUGACAUUUUCUCCUUAAAUUUUUUAAAGAGGAAUCAUUUUCUUCUUUAUCAUUUGCAGGAGAAUUAGCAUGGCAGGUCUGAGUUCUCGGACAGUGCCUCAUCUUGCUGAU